AUGUCAAGAAGGAAAAACGAUUACACAGUCGAAAACAAAAUCCAAGACAUAAGAGAAGACCUGCAGAGACUAACAUCAAAUUAUAAAUCUUCUGAUAUAAAAGAACAAAGUCCUCUUGAGAAAUAUCUAGAAGUAAAAUAUCCAGAUCCCGCAUUCAAAAUAAGUGAAAUUACUGAGUCGCCUUUUAUAGGAACUAAAGAGUCGCAAGAUAUUAAAAAAGGUAAAUACUAUAUAGAGAGUCAGCUGAAAAGCUCUUAUUCUGUUGAUGAUCUUAAAGACUUUGAAGGACAGCCUUCAAUAUCACCUAAAUUCAGCCAAAAUCCUAAGUCAAAACCUUAUGUUUCAGACUACGUAGCUUUCGGGCAUAAUAGUAAAGAGCCAGCAAGACAUGCAGAAAUAAUAGACCCGACUAUAUCUACAGCAUACAGAGAAAAAACUGAUUUUACAAUGGCUAGAAGAAAUGACCAAGGCGCUCGCUAUGAAAUUACCGAAAAAGACGCCUCUUUAAGAAAAACACAAGGAAGUCGGCACUCAGAACAAAAAUAUACAGAACCUAUCAACAAUUUACGAGCUUCAGCACGAGGUCUAGAAGACAAAGCAAACGAUCUUGAAAACGCAAAAAUUGCUUUGCAAGAAGAAAACACCCAGCUGCAUCAAAAAUUAAUGAACCUAGAAAAAGACAUAAACUAUAUUGAGUCUAAAUCUUUAUCAAUGAGAGACGAAAUUAAAUCUUUACGAUCCAACAACGCUGACCUGGAAUCCCAAAUUUUGAAUUUAAAAAAGGAAAAAGUGGAGUAUCUUCGACAAAUAGACGAACUUAAAAGAAUAGAAAACCAAAAAAAUUCAGAAAUAGAAACAGCUGCGAUGCAGAAAAGAGAAUUUGAAGAAAGAAUCCAAGAAUUAAAGCAGCUGCUGCAUGACAGUUCUAUGACGAAAUAUAAAGCAUUUGAUUUUGAUGAAAAAGAAAAUAUAAAUUCUUUGCAUUUAAAAGAUGAAAUAAGUGAGCUGAAAAAUGAAAAUAAUAAGCUAAAAAAUGCACUGAAAAGGAAGCCAAGCUGUGAUGAAAUAAGAAAAGCGACAAAAAAGAUUGAACAGCUUGAAAAUGCUAUUGAAGAUAUCAGAGGACAAAAAAGGAGGAGAUCAGAAUCUGCUAAAAGAACAAGAGAAAGAAGCCCGAAACUGCCUCCUAUCAGACCAAGAAGUGCAAGCAGAGAGAGAAACAGACCAAGAAGUGCAAGCAGAGAGAGAAAACAUGAAAAUUCUCCUAUAAGGCACCUCACUUCUGCGACCUGUGCAAAAAUUGUCAGAGAACUAAUGCAUGAGUUUUCGGUUGAAUCUGCUUCAUUAUUAAUACCAAGCGCUAAAUUAGCCUUACGCGAUUUAAAAAGUCAAUCUCAUCAACGGAAACUAGUCGAGAGAUUAAGGUCGCUGAUCAUUGACUGCUCGCCUCCAGGAGCUUUUGAUAAAAAUCCUUCAUUGAAAAGAAUAUGAAAAUGAAUCAGAAGAUUAACUGAAGAAUAUUUACAAUUAAAAAAAGAGAGCAACCAGAAUGCCACUGAAAAAGAAGUUUUAAUUAGGCUAAAAAAAGCAUUAAGUGUAGAAAAUACUGAAGAGAUCCCGAGAUCAUUGACAAAACUUCUGGCAGAAAAUGAAAAUCUUUUGCUUAUAUUAAACAAAGUAAAAGCAGCUUUCAGGUUAAGUAAGAAAUAUUUAGACACAAGAGUAACUCUUCAGGAGCUGGAGAAAGAAAUUGAUAGGAGGUUGUAA